AUGGCCGUCGACAAACCAAAGAUUAACGUCGAUGAAUACCUUGCUACAGUGCUUUCGUCGGCGCCACAGGAAUUACACCCGUUAUUGCAGUCUCUUCAGACAUUAUACCAUCGCAAACUUUGGCAUCAACUAUCGUUGAAACUUUUUGAGGUUUUCCGUAAUGACUUAUCAAAGCCCUAUCGUGUUGACCUCUUUGAGAACUUCGUACGAGACUUUGAGGAGAGACUGAACCAGCUGAGGCUGGUGGAAUUGGGUGUCAUCGUCUCCAGAGAAAUCGACAACCCUGCCAGGAACCUGAGUUUCCUUACCUCACUUCUUUCUCGUAUCAACACCGAACAGUCUCCCGAAGCCCAUGUCCUCCUUCUCUCCUCACUUGCACAUGCGAAGCUUUUAUAUGGUGACCUUGAUGGUACUCAGACCGACAUGGAUUCUGCAUGGAAGAUCCUGGAUGACCUGGAUGGUGUUGAUCCUGUCGUGAACGCUGCAUAUUAUAGUGUAGCCGCCGAUUACUAUAAGGCGAAAGCAGACUAUGCUCCUUAUUACAAGAAUUCUCUACUUUACCUUGCAUGCAUUGAUCCUGCCAAGGACCUAUCAGAAGAGGAGAGAAUGCUCCGUGCCCACAACCUCAGUAUCGCCGCUUUACUAGCAGACACGAUAUACAACUUUGGAGAGCUGUUGAUGCACCCAAUCCUUUCAUCACUCGAUUCAACACCCCACGAGUGGAUCAAGAGAUUACUCUUCACCUUUAACGCAGGCGACAUUGGCAAAUUCGAGGCUCUCGCGCCGCUCUUCCCCCAAGAGCCGAUCUUACAACAAAAUUACCCGUUCUUGCGCCAAAAGAUAUGUCUAAUGGCUCUCAUUGAAUCGGUAUUCCGUAGGAAUAGGGACAACCGGACGAUCAGCUUCCAGACGAUCGCUGAAGAAACACGACUCGAUGUGGGCGAUGUUGAGCAUUUGGUGAUGAAAGCCCUCAGUUUGAAACUACUUCGAGGUUCGCUCGACGAGAUUAGUCAAACAGCACAUAUUACAUGGGUACAACCUCGUGUAUUGGACCGCGAGCAGAUUAGUGCACUGGCAGAUCGGUUAAAGGCUUGGACAGAUAAGCUUAAGACGGUUGAGCAGCGUAUUGCACCUGAAGUACUUGUUUCUACAUGA